AUGGACGGGUCACCAUGGGGGGCCCCCCCGGGGGCCCCUGAUUGCGUUGCAGAAGACAUUGAAAUAGAAAAGCAAUAUGCUUUUAGUACUUCUUUGCUCAGUUUGCAACUAGAGGGGCCCAUAAUUCCUGGCAGCGAUCCUCCGUGCGCUCACUGCAAAAGCAAACGCAUAAAGUGCAUCUGCGAGUCCGUCAAGCUAGUCGGCAACACCCCGGGCUACGGGGCCCCAGAACUAGAAAAGGUGGUUCAGCGGCUGGAGGAGCGGCGCAACUUUUUGUCUUUUAUUCCAAUUGAUGAGUGGAAAAGACAUACAGCAAAAACUGAUGUUUUGAAAAAAGUGAUUCCAGCAAUUAAGCAGAAGGUGCGCGACAGGGAAGGACACGCGCCAGAGCUGCUGAUAAACUCGUGGACAAAGUUUUACGAAAUUCUCGCAAAGACCCCAAUCGUGAAGCCCAGGCUGCAGCACUUGCUGCAGCAGCAGCAGCAGCAGCAGCAGCAGCAGCAGAAGCAGAAGCAGCCUAGGGUAUUUAAGAGCAUUCAUCUUUGUGAAUGCCCUGGUGGAUUUGUAGCCGCCACAAACCACUACGUUAAAACUGAAGCCCGAGGGGUUUUCUUCUCGUGGCGAGCUGCUUCGCUAAACCCUUACUUCGAGGGCUGCAGCCCUUUGGAGGUUUUGGACGACGACGAGCUGUACAGACACUCCGAGAGGCGCUGGAUCAGCAGCCCCGAUGGAAGUGGAAAUCUUUGCAAAAAAGAAAAUAUUGAAUUUUUGUGGAAACAACUGACUCGCCAAGCCCACCCCAGCGUGCCCCCCUUCGGCCUGGCCGACUUGGUGACGGCCGACGGCUCCUUUGAUGUGCAGCACAACCCCGCGAAGCAGGAGGAACUUGUGGUUCCUCUGGUGUAUGCGGAGCUUGUCGCCAUUCUGGGGCUCGUCCAGCUGCACGGCUCUGCUGUCAUAAAAGCUUACAGCCUUCAUUCUCACCAUUCUGUUUCUCUUCUUGCAAUUCUCAGCAUGUGCUUCGAGCGGGUGGCGGUAGUGAAGCCGCUGAUGAGUCGCUCGGGCAACAGCGAGGUGUAUCUGCUGGGGCUGGGUUUCCGUGGGAUCCGAUCCCCGUUGCUGCGGGCACUUUCGAGUGCUGUGGACAGCUUUAGUUUGGAGAAGGCCAUAAUUCCCAGAGAGUGGAUCCCAGAUGCCUUUUUGGCGGAAUGCCGAAAAUGCGCGGAGUUCUUCACGCAGCUGCAGGCGGAGCACAUUGAGCUGUCUAUUGAGCGAUACAAAAGCAUCACAUCUCAUGAGCUUUGGCAGCUGUCUUUGCAGAGGGAGCAGACGGCAGCAGAGUUCAUAGAGUCCAACCACAUCAAGCCGAUUCGCUUUGAAGACCGACUUGUCCCCGACAAAGACUUCGUGAGGGAGUGGGAAGCUAAUGGCUACACCAAUUCCACUAGAAAAGGCAGCAGGGAAAGGGUGCAGGGUGUGCUGGCUGACCGCAUCCGCUUCCGCGAGGUGUACAUGCAGCUGCAGCAGCAGCGGGAACAGAAGUGGCAGCAGCACGGUGGCUGCAGCAGAGCUUUGUGUCUUUUGACUUCCCAAGCAGGCAUUGAUGCACUGCUGCGGUGUACGUACGCCCCCUUUGAGGAGGCCAAAACAAUGAGCGAGAGUGGCGGCGAUGGAGAGUUACCUGGUGCGAUUGCAAUCAGCGAGUUUUACUCUAUCGAUGACGAAGAAGACAAUCAAGAAGCGGCCACACAGGAAGUCGAAGCUACAGCCACGUGGCUGUGUCUUUAUCCAGAGGAGCCGCAGCAGCAGCAGCAGCAGCAGCAGCAGCAGCAGAGCGCGCCUGACGUGGCUUCUUUUCUCACCACGUUCACGGCCCGGGCUCGCCAGGGCUGGAGCGAGCAGCAGCAGCAGCAGCAGCAGCAGCAGCAGCACCGUGCCACCUGGGUUCCGUCUGCUGCUGCAGUUGCCUGGAGAGAUGAAAUGCUGCAAGGAUUGCAAAAGGGAGAAUAUAAUGCAAGACCAUCUUGCUGGCUAUACCCCCUCAGGCCCUUAGUUCCUUACACAGUGCAGAUAAGCCGAUUUGCUGAUGACCGCCUUAUGACUGUUGUGGGACAGCUCCGGCACCUGCUGCCGUUCCUAGUGCCCUUCUCCAUUGCGGACUUUUUGCUGCUGGAGGGCCGGCCCUCUGCACUUGGCGAAAAGCUGGGGGGGCAGGAGCUGCCCCCCAGCAGCAGCAUAGACUUGUUGUUUGCGCUGAAGCAAUUAGAGGCCACCCCGGUGGGCCCCUCAGUGGUAUUUUCUCCAGGGUCUUCAAGACGGGGGCCCCCGGGGCCCCCUGAGAAGGACUUCCCAGCCCUCUGGAGAAAGAAGUACCCUGUUUCCGUGGAGAUCAGCAGCUGGGGGGCCCCCCUGGCUCUCCCGCUGCAGUUGAUGCUGAGGCGGCACGGCUGCAGCUGCUUCGUCGUGCUGAACCUCCCGCUGCAGCAGCAGGAGCAGCAGCAGCAGCAACAGGAGCUCCGGAAGCAGCCUGUGACCCGGGAGGUGCUGGAAGCUGCAAUUCCCAAGGCCGGGCCUCUCUUGGGAGUCCAGGAAAUAGAUGUUUUGUCCGCAUUCGCAAGAGGAGAAACAGCAGACUAUAUCAAACGCCAAGUGCAAGAGAAGGUGCUGUCGAAGCUGCCUGGCGAUGGAGCCUCUUUGGUGUCUUUGGACAUCACCGGAGUGCAGCACUGGCGGCGCGAAGAAGCAGCACAAGUUGAAGGAGAAGAAGAAAAAAACAAUUUUGAAAAAGGAGAAAAAAAAAGAAGACAAAGAGGACUUGUUGUUCAAGUCCACGAAGAAAUCGCCCAGGCCGAGAUCGAGGCGGGGCUUUUGCUGCUCGCCCAGAUCUUUCAGGGGCUGCUGCUGCUGUGUCCGGGCGGCGACUUGCUGCUGCGAAUCCACAGCAGCUACACGCGCUACACUGCGUCUUUGCUGCUGCUGCUGUCUUUGUGUUUCGGCUCCAGCUGUCUGUACAGGCCGCCCUCAGUGGCCUGCUGGAGCGGCGAGGGCUUCUUCCUCGGCAGAAGCAAAAGAAAAAACGAAACUGGAUUUGUGCUGCAGCUGCUGGGCACAGCGUGGGGCCUCUUGGCAGCAAAACACAAGGCCGAGAAGGCCUCGCCAGCGCAUGCAGAGCCCCACAGGCUCAGCGGCGAACCCAGCAGCAGCAGCAGCAGCAGCAGCAGCAGCAGCAAUCAAUUCAAAUUUAAAGUUGGAGCCGAUUUCGUGGACUGGGGAGGCCUCACUGCCCACUGGGCACUGCAGCAAUGCAUCAAGGCCAAGUUGUACACAGAGCAAAUAGCAAACAGGCGCGCAAACCCCAAACUUCCAUUAUAA